UGCGAAACUUCAGUUCGCGUUCGUCCAGCGGUUCGCGACAAGCGGAUUCUCGUCCGCGCAGACGUAGCUUAUCGAUCACUUGACUCCGCGGCUCUUUCUUCGGUAACAGUGUAACCGACCCCCCACCACCAUGGCCGCGGUAAACGGUUCGAGCGCUCCUCAACAACAAAACGGCAAGAAAGCGAACCACCAGGUACUGGCGCGUACCUGGGAUCACCUGGACGACGGCGAGGCGCCUGGUACUCCCAAAACUCCGAGGACUUCGACCACCCCAGGGCACGAAAAGUGCACGUUUCACCACGACCUCGAGCUCGAUCACAAGCCGCCCACGAGAGAAGCUCUACUGCCGGAAAUGUCCAGGUCCUACAGGCUCUUGCUGGGCUCCUUGGGUGAGAACCCCGAUCGACAGGGUUUGCUCAAAACGCCGGAAAGAGCCGCGAAGGCGAUGCUAUUUUUCACCAAAGGCUACGACCAGAAUCUCGAAGAAGUAUUAAACGACGCCAUAUUCGACGAAGACCACGACGAAAUGGUGGUAGUAAAAGAUAUUGAAAUGUUUUCAAUGUGCGAGCAUCAUUUGGUACCAUUCUAUGGGAAAGUAUCGAUAGGGUACUUGCCGUCGGGAAAAGUUCUCGGUCUGAGCAAGCUAGCUAGAAUAGUUGAAAUAUAUUCGCGGAGACUUCAAGUUCAAGAGAGAUUAACUAAACAGAUCGCUGUGGCUGUGUUAAAAGCUGUCCAACCCAAUGGAGUAGCAGUUAUCAUAGAGGGCACGCACAUGUGCAUGGUGAUGAGAGGAGUUCAAAAAAUUAACAGCAAAACGGUGACUUCCACAAUGCUGGGCGUUUUUAGAGACGAUCAGAGGACCAGAGAAGAGUUUCUAAAACUGGCCAUGUCAAAAUAGAGAACAUUCGACCAAUUUGUUUAAUAUUAAUGUUUUACUGCCGAUUUCAUUGUUUGAAAAUUUAUUUGCUGCUCUUAUUUACCGAUUGAAACUAUUUAUAAAUAUUUAUUUAAAUUAUUCACGUUCGGUAUCGAGACCCAAACGAAAAUAGUGGACCAGUAAGUAUAAGUUAAAGAAUUUGUUGUCUUAAAUGUGGUUAUAAAAUGAUUAUAGAUGUAAAUUCAUAUUAUAUUAAUGUUGUGCAUAAUUUUAAGCUGUGAUAUGUAAAAAGAUAUAAAUUGUUAUGUAUACAACUAGGUACAUAUUAUAUUUAUAUUAAGUUAGUUUAUAUUUCCGUUGCAAUAUUUUUAAAAGACAAUCGUACUUCAAAUCCAUGUUAUAUAUUUAAUGAAACUAAAUAUAUCCCUUUAAUUUAUGUAAAA